AUGGUUAACAUAGAAGAUGCGAGCGCUCUUGGGACAGCUGCGGUUUUGAGACAGCAGGCUUCCGGUAAUAAGUCUGGCCUGAAGGUGCUGUGGUCAAACCUUCACGUCCUUUCGAUCGCCCUGUUUGCCUCGUUUGGUGGUCUGCUCUAUGGCUACCAGCAGGGCGUCCUGGGCCAAGCAUUGGUCAUGCCUGCUUUUCAGAGACAAUUCCCUCAUAUUGCAUCGGACUCAAACGCCAAAGGAUGGCUGACGUCGAUUCUACAACUUGGAGGCUGGGCGGGAGCGCUUUCCGCAGGCAUCUUGUGCGAGAUAUUUUCGCGCAAGCACACCAUAUUUGGCGGCGCUCUCUGGGUGAUCUUGGGUUCCUAUCUCACAGCAGGCGCCCAUACAGAGGUUUACAUGUAUGCGGGACGCUUUUUGACGGGAAUUGGGGUUGGAACCUUGUCCGCGACCGGACCGUUGUACAACGCCGAACUUGCUCCACCCGAAAUCCGCGGCAUGAUCAUCUCAAUGCAACAACUUGCCACCACCUUGGGAAUUAUGGGGGCCUACUGGGUAGGUUACGGCACCAACUACAUUGGUGGCACCGGCGACAGCCAGAAAGAGCUCGCCUGGCGCUUGCCACUCAUUAUCCAGGGCAUACCAGCAGUCAUACUUGCUGUCGGGGUUUGGUGUCUUCCUUUUUCCCCUCGCCUACUAGUCAAUCACGGCCGAGACGAAGAGGCGCUGCAGACGUUGAGCCGCCUGAGAAGAUUGCCCCUGAAUGACCCGCUCAUUCGAAUCGAGUACCUGGAGAUCAAAGCCGAGAGUGAAUUUGAAAAGAGGGUUUUUGAGAGAAGAUCUCCCACCCUCGCAGUCAAAGCAAGAGGCAACAGACUUCUUCGAGAGCUAGCUCAGUACAGCAACAUAUUCCGGAACAAGGACUCGUUCAAACGUGUAGCUAUAGGAGGCACCAUCAUGUUCUUCCAGCAAUGGUCGGGUAUUGACUCCAUCAUCUACUACGCACCCAUUGUGUUUCAGAACUUCGGCUUUACAGACAACACCAUUUCUCUGCUUGCCACUGGCGUUGUGGGCAUCCUCAAUGUCUUGAGCACAAUCCCAGCCAUGUACUUCAUCGACAAGAUUGGUCGGAAGAAACUACUUAUUUGCGGCUCUCUUGGCAUGCUGAUCUGCCAGCUCAUAACCGGUGUCCUUGGCGCUAGGUACGAAUCUUCUUGGGCUGCUAACAGAGCAGCAGGCUGGGGCGCUGUCGUCAUGAUCUGGCUUUACGUCGUCUUCUUUGCGUUCUCAUGGGGUCCGGGCAGCUGGACACUGAUUGCUGAAAUUUUCCCCUUGUCCAUCCGAGCCAAGGGUACUUCCAUAAGUGCAUCUUCAAACUGGAUGAACAACUUCGCGGUGGCUUUCAUGACCCCACCAAUGCUCGACGGGCUCCGAUGGGGCACUUUCAUCUUCUUUAGCGCUUGGUGCUUGGUUGGAGGGUUGUUUGUUGUUUUCUUCCUCCCAGAAACGAAAGGGAAGACCUUGGAAGAAAUGGACGUCGUUUUUGGCUCCACCACCAGUAUUGAGGAUGCGGAGCUACUGUCAGCUAUCCAGGAUGAGAUUGGCUUGACUCGGGUUUUACAGGAGAACAACAAUGCUGAAGCCGAAAUCAGAGGUGCCCAUGGGCAUGUCGACGAUUCUAAACCGACGGAAGAAAUCAUCACCUGA